AUGGACUGUCCGCCCUGCAGACGGCGGAAGCUCUGGCGCGACCUGAGACCGGAAUGCUGUGGCCAGUGCCGACGAGCCAACAUCUCAUGUCAUGGCUACCGGAGUGCCAGGGAUCUGGCGUUCCGUGACCAGACACGCGUAGCCAGACAAAAGGUGGUCGCCCGCCAAGGAUAUGCCUAUCAGCUGACGUGGCCUUCGCCGGUGCUUGGCCUGAACCUGGACGUCGAGACGCGGUGCAGGGAUACGUUUUUCCUGCUUCAAUACUACUUCUUGACCUUUUCGAGAAGCUGA